AGAAAUAAAUAAUUAUUAUAAAUAAGCACGAACCAAUAGCUUUUUUUAUAAUGAUUUAAAAGAUACUAUAAAUGUAUUGAAAAAGAAUACACUUGUAACGUUAAUGUAAAACAUUACAAGUUUGGGAUAUAUAGGUAUGUUUCAUUCGAAGAUUCCAAAUUAUUAACUCAUAUGUAUCACUAUAAACUUGUUGCCCAUGAAAAUCGUCAUUGUUUGUUUGUAACACCAUUUACGAUUCGAUUAACAAGAAAAGAAAUGAAAUAAAAUGAGACGAUACAAAAUUUGUAAUUCAUUGUAUAAAAACAUGAUGUAAAAAAUUAUCAAUUUUAUUAAAAAGGAUUAUUAUCUUUUUAUUUUUAGUUUUAUCUAUUUUCUUAUAUAAUCGGAAUCUCUAUACCGGAAAUUCUGCCCAAAUUUAAUUUGUCCUAGAAGAGACACGAGGAUACGAAACGUGAUUAAUUCCAUAUUUUCAUAGUUCCAUUUCCCAUUUCCGUAGCAUUCGCGCAUUAAGUUUGAGGUUUAUUGAAUAUAAUAGACAUGUCAAUGUUAGAUUUAAAAAUAACGUGUUCAUAUAAAACUGUAAAUAUGGGACGUUCAUACAAAAAAUGUAAAGUACAUAGAGGCAUGUUAUUUUGCCAUUUGGUGCAAUCUCGUAAAAACAAUUUAUGCAGAAAAAUAAAAUAUCCAAAUAAAUGUGACAAAAUUGACAAAGUAUUGUUGAAGGUACACGACCGUAUGUUAAAUAAUACGCGUAGUGAAAAGGUUAAAAGACAACGAAAUAAUUCUAAAGUACCAUGUAGAAUAAUAUCAAUAGUAUCUUUGGAAACAGUUAAAAACCUAUGUGUUCCUGUAAUGGAAGAUUGGAAAGAGGAAAAUGUAGCAACCUAUGUCCCUUGGAAAAGCACUGAGGAUAGAAAUAUUAUACAAAGCUUAGUAGGAAGCACAAAAGCAGAAAGGAAGCAAUAUAGAUUAGCUGAACGACAAGGAAUCCAAAACCUUGAAAAAAGAGGUAUAUUGAAUUCAAACCAAAAAAUCAGCUUUAUAAAUAAAACAUCAAAGAAAGUUGUAGAUAUUACACAAAUUGUGUAUGAUUUGAAAAGAUUAUACCUAAAUAAUUUUAAAAAUAUUGAUGUUAAUACACUGGAGAAUAUUGAUAUUAACAAACUAUCUAUAAGCAACAUUGAUAAAAAGAACACUUCUGUGGGAAAAGAUGAUAAAGCAGGAGUCAUAGAACAGGAAUUAGUACAAAAAUUCAAAAAAUUGAUGCUGUGUCACUUCACAAAAUAAAUUUUUUAAAGCUGGCAAACUAAAAGAAUUUAAUUAAUAGUAUUAUUUACUUUUGUAAGUCACGUUUUCCUAAGACUUUUUAAGAUUAUAAAAUACCAUGAGAUAGGCAUAUAUUU